UUUAUUUUGUUUUAUUUUCAAAAAUUGCAUGAUAAUUUUGAAAUUUAGCCGAUUUAAAAUCUUCAAAGCGUUCAAUUAUUUAAUUGGAAAUUAAUUUAUUAAAUUUAAUCCAUCUUUAGCGAUUGAAACCUUGAACCAUGUCUCUCGCUGAAGAACUGUUAGCUGACUUGGAGGACGAGGAUGAAGACAAUGAAUUACAGAGUCUUAUGCCUCAAGUUAACGAAACCUCGGAGCCAAUGGAAGAGGAAGUCAAAGCUGUGAACAUUCACGACAUAGCAUCUCUGAGCUCAUCUGGUAGGCUUCGCAAUGUUAUGAGUAAAAUCGCCGAAUUACAAUCAAACGGUGCAACUACGAACGACAAAAUCGCCGGUCCUGUGGAAGCAGAUCCGGAAUAUGUUUUAAUCGUCGAAGCUAAUAAUCUUGCUGUCGAAAUAGAUAAUGAAAUUUCAAUAAUUCAUAAAUUUGUACGAGAUAAGUAUUCCAAAAGAUUCCCAGAACUAGAUUCGUUGAUUGUUAGUCCUUUGGAAUACGUUAAAGCUGUCAAGGAAUUGAAAAAUGAUCUAGAUCAAGCUAAAAACAACGAAACUUUGCAACAGUUUUUGACCCAAGCAACCAUUAUGAUUGUUUCAGUGACUGCGAGUACAACUCAAGGACAAUUACUGACUGAAGAUGAAUUAUCUGAGGUAAUCGAAGCCUGUGAAAUGGCUAUAGAAUUAGAUGCCAAUAAAUUGAGAAUAUACGAAUUCGUUGAAAGUCGAAUGACAUUCAUAGCUCCCAACGUUUCGAUCAUAAUUGGCGCAUCGACGGCUGCUAAAUUAAUGGGUGUUGCUGGUGGUUUGACCAAUUUGUCGAAAAUGGCUGCUUGUAACGUGCUAUUGCUGGGAGCUCAGAAGAAAAUUCUGUCCGGGUUUUCGCAAGCUUCUACCAUUCCUCAUACCGGAUUUAUUUAUUAUUCUGAUUUCGUUCAAGAUAUGCCUCCGGAUUUGAGGAGAAAAGCUGCCAGAUUAGUAGCUGCCAAAGUAACACUCGCAGCUAGAGUAGAUGCUAGUCACGAAAACGCCGAUGGAAGUUUUGGAAGACAGUUACGAGAAGAAAUGGAGAAAAAAUUCGACAGAUUAACGGAACCGCCGCCAGUCAAGUUUAUAAAACCAUUGCCUAAACCUAUCGAUCCUCCUCGUAAAAAAAGAGGCGGUAAAAGGGUUCGAAAAAUGAAAGAAAGAUACGCUAUGACAGAACUGCGUAAGCAAUCGAAUAGAUUAAAUUUUGCCGACAUCGAAGACGAUGCUUAUCAAGAAGAUUUGGGAUACACUCGCGGAACCAUUGGCAAAUCUGGUACUGGUAGGAUAAGAACAGCUCAGGUUGAUGAGAAAACCAAAGUUCGUAUUUCCAAAACGUUGCAGAAAAAUUUGCAGAAACAGCAAGUCUGGGGAGGAACUACUUCCGUCAGAAAGCAAGUGUCUGGUACUGCUUCGAGCGUCGCAUUUACUCCAUCGCAGGGUCUGGAAAUCGUCAAUCCUCAAGCUGCUGAAAGAAAUGCCAGUGAUGGUACAGCAAAGUACUUCUCAAAUUCUGCUGGUUUUUUGAAAGUGAAGAAAACCUAAUUAUUUGCCCUGGUCGGUUUAUUUAUUCAUUUUUGAACUAAAGAAUAUAGAAUUUUUCCAAUGUGAAUGAUGACUCAUGAGUGGUUAAUCAACGGUCGUUGUAAUUUAAUUGAUAUUAUAGAGUCGGAUCAUCAUUUUGUUCAUUUUCUAUUUAUUAUCCAAUAUAAUUAUGUAUGUUUUUGUGUAA